AUGUCAACUACCUUUCCGGGACUAGUCCACGAUGCCGAGAUACGUCACGACGGAUCAAACAGCUACCGUUUGAUGCAGCUCGGCUGUCUGGAGUCCGUAGCCAAUUCCACUGUCGCCUAUUCCUCCUCCUCCCCUCUAACUUACUCCACCACCGGCACCGAGUUUGCGUCCCCUUACUUCUCCACUAACCACCAGUACACCCCGCUGCACCACCAGUCCUUCCAUUACGAGUUUCAGCACAGCCACCCGGCCGUCACUCCCGACGCCUACUCUCUGAACUCGCUCCACCACUCGCAGCAGUACUACCAGCAGAUCCACCACGGGGAGCCCACCGACUUUAUUAACCUGCACAAUGCGCGGGCGCUCAAGUCGUCCUGCCUGGAUGAACAGAGGCGGGAGCUGGGCUGCCUCGAUGCCUACCGCCGCCACGACCUGUCUCUCAUGAGCCAUGGCUCUCAGUAUGGAAUGCACCCAGAUCAAAGACUCCUGCCCGGGCCCAGCCUGGGGCUGGCCGCCGCGGGAGCCGACGACUUGCAGGGCUCUGUGGAAGCCCAGUGUGGGCUCGUUCUCAAUGGCCAAGGUGGAGUGAUAAGAAGAGGUGGCACCUGUGUGGUCAACCCCACAGACUUGUUUUGCUCUGUCCCCGGUCGUUUGUCCCUUCUCAGUUCUACUUCCAAAUACAAGGUGACCAUUGCUGAGGUGAAGAGACGCCUCUCACCACCUGAAUGCCUCAACGCUUCACUCUUGGGAGGCAUUUUGAGAAGAGCAAAAUCCAAGAAUGGGGGUCGCUGCCUGAGGGAGAAACUGGAUAGGCUUGGCCUGAACUUGCCAGCCGGAAGACGGAAAGCAGCCAACGUCACCCUCCUGACUUCCUUAGUUGAAGGGGAGGCGUUACACUUGGCUCGAGAUUUUGGCUACACUUGUGAAACAGAGUUUCCAGCCAAAGCAGUAGGAGAACAUCUUGCCAGACAACAUAUGGAACAGAAAGAACAGACAGCAAGAAAAAAGAUGAUCCUAGCGACCAAACAAAUUUGUAAAGAAUUUCAAGACCUCUUGAGCCAAGAUAGAUCACCGCUGGGAUCCUCCAGACCCACUCCAAUUCUAGACCUUGACAUCCAGAGACACUUAACACAUUUCAGUUUGAUCACUCAUGGCUUUGGGACCCCAGCAAUAUGCGCAGCCCUAAGCACUUUCCAAACAGUCCUCAGUGAAAUGCUGAACUACUUGGAAAAGCACACUACUCACAAAAAUGGCGGAGCGGCGGAUUCUGGCCAAGGACAUGGCACCUCGGAGAAAACCCCCCUGCGGAAAACUUCAGAGGCUGCUGUGAAAGAGGGCAAAACAGAAAAGACAGACUAG